UCAUUUGGCGGUAGUUUCGCCAGAUUAAUUAAUUCGCCAAGUGUGGGGGCUUACUGUAUACCAAACUAUAAGAUGAUCCCCAGUCUUUGAGAGAAAAAUUUAGGUUUUGAGCUAUUACCGCUGUAUAAGAUGACCCCCAUGGUGGAGGGAAUCGCUGCUCACAUGGUUGGCUGAAGGGCCUUGAGGAGCUGUAAUAUGGUUGUUCCCUCACUACCGCUGUUGCCAAUUCUGAAGUACAGCUCGCACACAAGUGCCUAAAAAUAUGAGAAGUUAAAGUAUUUUUAUUGCUUAUAUUUAACAAUGUGAUUUUUAAAACAUGGAAAACAUUAGACCAUAAGCAAAAAUACACCUGAUUCAUCCUUAUUCCUUUUUCCAACAAUUCCCUUAAACAAUAUAUUGAGAUAUAUUAAAACCCAGGCAAACCCAAUGACUACAUUUGUAGUCUGCAACUUAAAAAAAUCUCUAAUAUUUUGUUAUAUGUUUCCACGUUGACAAAUGGGUUCUAUUCUUAUAUUUGCCCUUCCUGUUACAUGCAGAGAUAGAAAAUUUUAUAUUUAAUUAGUUACCCAUAUUUUAUAUUAAUAAAAGAAAACUUUUAUUUCACCCAUUUUCUUUGGAGUAUCACACCCUCUUGUUUAUAUCAGUCUGGCAACAGCUGUAGGAGCUUCCUGCAGCUAAUAUUGUUUCAGUCAUAACCUGAAGACCACAUAUCACUGACGCAGCGGGCAGAUCACCAACUACUUGUAUAUGUUCUUCAUAAGGACAGAAAAAUGGACAGACAAACGUUUUAUGGAACAAGUAUUUCUUCUCAUCGGUUCUUGAGGGAUGCUGCAGAAUUCGCUGAAGACACAGAAGGAGCUACAGAUAUUGCUAUUACUGGCCCACCACCUGGAGGUGAUGGCAGUGACAUCGAACAACUGGAUGAUGAUAACCUAGAGGAAAAUGUGAUGCCAAAGGAGAUUGCUAGUGAAGUUGAUGUCUUUUAUGAAGAUCAUGAGGAGCUUGUAGAAAAUAUCUCUAGAAAAAGCAAAAGAAACAAAAGAGAUCUGCCAAAAUGGAAGCACAGCCAUAUUGAUUCUCAGCCAGAUAUUUUCCAGGACAAGCAAGAAAGUGCCAAACAAAAACUAUUGGAAAAAUGUCCUGACCUUGCUGGAGCAUCUGAGUGGGCUGUUUUUGAAAAAGUGUUUCAGAACAUGCUCACUCAUCUUGUUUGUGAAACAAACAAGUAUGCAAAGAGAGAUUGUAACAUUCCAAAUUUUAACUUAUCUUGUGAAGAAAUGUAUAACUUUCUUGGGUUACUGCUACUUUCUGGGUACAACCUUCGUACAAGUGAGAGAGAUUACUGGAGUAAAGCACCAGACCUCUCCUGUCGAGCUUUUGCAGAAACUAUGAGUCGCAAUCGUUUCCAACAAAUUAAACAUGUAAUCCAUGCUGCUGAUAAUCAGUCCCUUAGUUCAGAGAAAAUGGCAAAGAUCAGUCCUCUGUAUGAAAUGCUAAACCAGUCUUUACUGAUGUUUGGUGUUCUUCAUGAAUACCUCAGCAUUGAUGAAUCUAUGGUUCCUUAUUUUGGAAGGCAUUCAUGUAAACAGUUCAUAAGAGGCAAGCCUAUUAGGUUUGGCUUCAAAUGCUGGGUAAUUGCUAGCUCUAGUGGAAUGCCCUACAAGGUUACUAUAUAUCAAGGAAAGAAUGGGAAGCACAACAAAGAUGUUCCUCUUGGCACACGUGUUGUUAUGGACUGCCUUGAAGUAUGUGAUAAACCUACCUCUCACCACAUUUUUUUUGACAAUUUUUUCACAUCAUUUGAUCUAAUUUCCAAUUUGAAAUCUUUGGGAUACAGAGCUACUGGCACAGUUAGAGAAAAUCGAACAAAAGGGUGCCCAGUGAAGAGUGUACAAGAAAUGAAAAAAAAUUCAAGAGGCUCAUAUGAUUACAGGUCAGAUGGAGAAGUUGAGGUAGUGAGAUGGAAUGAUAAUGCAGUAGUAAGCUUCUGCAGUAAUGCCACUGGAAUUGAGCCUAUUACACAAGUCAAACGGUGGGAGAAAAAGAAAGGAACAGUCAUGGUUUCACAGCCAAAAGUUGUUGCACAGUACAACAGUGGAAUGGGUGGAGUAGACCUCAUGGACAGAGCACUUGCGGACUACAGGCCAGCAAUCAAAGGGAAAAAAUGGUACUGGCCACUGCUUGUGAAUGUAAUAAACAUUGCAGUGGUUUACAGUUGGAGAGUGUAUCAGUUAUGCACAAAUGCCCAGAUGACCCAAAAAGAAUUCAGACGAAGCUUAGUUGCUGUAAUGCUGAAGCAGUCACAACCAAGGCCAAGGGCAGAGUCACUACCUGGACCCUCCUCUCCUGUACCCAUAGAAGUUAGGACAGACAACAGAAAACACUACCCACAGAGCUGUCCAGUAAGACGUUGUACAGUGUGUAAGAAGAAUUGCAGGAUCCAGUGUAGUAAAUGUAAUAAAUCAAUGCAUCUCAACAAUUGCUUCCAAAUUUACCAUGAGAAAUAGGUAAUGUGAGGUUCUAAGAGUGAUAUAUUUUUAUAAAAUGUUUUCUUUGGGGAAUUUCUAGCCUGGAAAUGAACUAGUCUGUAAGGAAAUCACUGUUGUGUUUAUGAAUGAAAAUUUUGAUACAUUUUACGAAGUAAACUUGAUAAUGAAAUAUUUUGGUUUGUACAUUUUCUUUGGAAUCUUCAGAACCUGGAAAGAAAGAAUUUGUUUACUUUUCCUUAUGAAAUGUAUUCUUUGUAAACAAGUGUUAUUUCAUAGAAUAUAUAACAAUAUAACAAUUGAUAAUAUAUUCUUGAAAAAAUAAACAUACAAAUACAA